AUGGAAAGUAAAUCCAGUCAAAGUGAUCCAAAUGAAUUAGAUGGUAUCGAUAUUAUUGACAUUGGUGAAUUAUCUUGGAGUGAUCGGAUUCGUCCUAAGCCCAAAAUCCAAGGUAAUUAUCUUCGAGGUGAUUUAAUUGGCCAAGGCACUUUCGCCAAAGUAUAUGAAGUGAUGGACGUGAAGACUUUACAACGGCGAGCUGUUAAAGUGUUCGAUAUGCAUAAAAUUGACCGUAAAUUGAAUCGAGAUGAAAUGGUUCAUAUGAUAAACCAAGAAGUCACUCUUUUAGCCCGUUGUCAUCACCAUAAUGUCAUCAGAAUGAUUGAAGUUAAACGAAGUGUUCCCUUGCAGGGUCAACAAAUGUCCACAGAAAAAGUAUCUGAGCCCUCGAACGAGAAAGAUGCCAAAGGAAAAAAAGACAAUCCAAAAGAAAAAGAAAAAGAUCAACAAUCGAAACAAUUGACUGAACAUCGAUUUAAACAUCACCAGAAGAAUAAAAUUUGGGUCUAUCUCGAAUAUUGUAUGGCCUCCGUUGCAGAGAUAAUGAAUCUCUCUGAUCCGGUUAAAUGUACCAAAUUACCUCUUCAUCAAGCUCGACAUUAUUUCAUUGGAUUAAUCAAUGGUCUGGAUUAUCUACACGCUCAGGGAAUUUAUCACAAAGACAUUAAACCGGAUAACAUGUUAAUUAACGUUUGUCACACAAUUAAAAUAACGGAUUUAAGUGUUAGUCAUGUUGUCGAUCCUUUCAACCAAACGGACACUUGUUACAAUACUUACGGAACGAUAUCUUACCAAUCGCCUGAGGUUAUCUCUUCAUCGGAUUCAGGAUUUUCAGCGAGUGCCCUUGAUAUAUGGUCAUCUGGGGUGAUUUACGUUAUGAUUAACGGUAAAUUACCUUUCUCAACAAUCAACGGUUUAAUUGCAAUGACUCAAUCAAUCCAAAAGGACGAGCCCGUGCAAACAAAUCUAUUGAUUGAUAAUCCAUGUUUAUCAAAUCUAAUUGAUUGUAUGUUGGAUAAGAAUCCAUCUAAAAGGAUCAAAUUAUCCCAAUUGUUAAAUCAUCGAUGGUUACAAGCUGAUUUAAAACACGAUAAAGCUUACAUUAAGAUCCCACCUCGAUAUGCUUACGGUGAUCAAUAUCGUAGUUUGACAAUUACGGCUUAUCUUCACGAGUUACAUUAUCCACUUCCAAGUCAACAUAAUAUUGUCACGGUUUCGGAAACAUCAGCUGAUGAAUUUAAUGUCAAACGAAAGAUACCAAUUGUCCGGGCCAAUCGAUCACCAUCGAAGCGACGUUCAAGUAAACGAAGACCAAGUUUAAUUGUUCGACAAUUAAAACCAGAUCAAAAUUUGGGUCGACUAUUGGGAUCAAUGGGAUUAGAAUUUGGAUCAAGUGAUAGUAAUUCAUCAUCGAUUUUGAUUUCAUCUCGAUCUUCAUCAAUUACAUCGGAAUCAAAUUAAAUAAUUCAACUUGAAGGUUUAAUCCUCAUGGUGAUUAAAGGAAACAUUUGAUUGGAAAACUUUCAAUUGUUCAACAAAUCAGACUCAUUAUCAAGUGACCACGAAAAUUAUAGUUUGACAGGUAAAAAGUCAAAUUCUGAAACAUGAUUUAUCUGAAGAUAAUAACACUAAUUAAAGGGUUAAGAAUGAGAAAAGAGGUUGUGGUUCCGGUUAUAAUAAUACAAUAAUCGAAUCAAAUUUUCGAUAAACAAUCAGA